GUAUUCAUACGAUAAAAGAUUAUCGUCGACCACCUAAUUAAAUUACCGCGCGUAUAAAAAUGUAAUAUGCGAAUUAGUUACGACAUUAAGUCUUAGGUUGUUGGAAGUGUAAUUACAUCAAGUGCCGGUUUUUUUUUUUGUAAAUACAGAAAUCACGCGUCCUUUGGCGCUGCCAUGUUGAAAAAAUUCCUUGUCUUGACCGCCCUGGUGAUUGUCCAGGGCCGGCCUCAAGAUGAGCUAACCAGAAGGCACGAGCCCUCAGACCUUUGUCCUGAGAAAGGCCACAAGCUUCUACCCCACGAAUACGACUGCACGUUGUUUUACUACUGCGAAUACGGCCAGAAAUGGUCGACGCCCAGAAGUUGUGCCCCGGGAACGGAAUUCUCAGCUGCUUUGCAGGUUUGUGUGCAUCCGGCGCAAGCUGACUGCAAUCUGCCGGGACGACCGACAGACAGUCCACCUGCGGAGGCUCCAACGCAGGCUCCCACUCAAGCUCCAACGGAGACCCCAACGGAGCCCCAAACGGAGCCCCCAACACAGCCCCCAACGGUCGCUCCCACAGCGCCGCCUACUCAAGCUCCAGCGGAGACCCCAACAGAGCCUCAAACGGAGCCCCCAACACAGCCCCCAACGGUCGCUCCCACAGCGCCGCCUACUCAAGCUCCAGCGGAGACCCCAACGGAGCCUCAAACAGAGCUCCCGACGGCUGCUCCCACAGCAGCACCUACUCAAGCUCCAGUGGAACCUCCAACCGAGUCCCCCAUACCAGCCCCACCAGCGCCCCCCAUCCAGCCCCCUGUUAAUCCAGGCGAAACCUUACCUAAUGGCUGCCCAGCUGAUUUCCACAUCCACAAACUUUUGCCCCACGAGGAAUGCAAUAAAUUCUACUACUGCGUUUUCGGGGACAAGGUGGAAAGGAAGUGCGCCCCGGGGACUUACUUCAACUAUAAAAUUCAGGUUUGCGAUCACCCAUGGAACGUUGAUUGCGCUGGUGACGGCGGAAACGAUGGUGGAGACGGUGGCGAAAGUGGAGAAGACGGAGGCGGCGGCGGAGGUGGAGGCGGGGGUGGAGGAGGAACCCUCCCCAACGGCUGUCCCGCAGACUUCCACAUUCACCAACUGCUCCCUCACGAGUACGACUGUAACCGCUUCUACUACUGCGUCCACGGAGAGAAAGUAGAACGUCAAUGCUCCGGCGACCUGCACUUCAACCCCGUCCUCCAAGUUUGUGAUUGGCCAUGGAAUGCUGGCUGCGAGGGAGGUGGCGGCGGCGGUGGCGGUGGCGGUGAAGGUGGCGAUGGAGGCGGCGGUGGAGGCAGUGGUGAUGGGUGCGACUGCGAGGACAAUGAAAAUGGCGGAGGAGACUGUGGCGGAGAUGGUGGAGGUGGAGGCGGCGGCGGCGGCGGAGGUGGAGGAGGAACUCUCCCCAACGGCUGUCCCGCAGACUUCAACAUUCACCAACUGCUCCCUCACGAGUACGACUGUAACCGCUUCUACUACUGCGUCCACGGAGAGAAAGUAGAACGCCGCUGCUCCGGCGACCUGCACUUCAACCCUGUCCUCCAAGUCUGUGAUUGGCCAUGGAAUGCCGGCUGCGAAGCAGGCGAUGGCGGUGGUGGUGGUGGAGGUGGUGGCGGUGGAGGCGGAGGCGAAGGUGGUGGAGAAGGUAGUGGAGAAGGAGAAGGCAGUGGAGGUGGAGAAGGAGGCGGAGGCGGAGGCGGAGGUGGAGGCGGAGGCGGAGGCGGAGGCGGAGGUGGAGGCGGAGGCGGAGGCGGAGGCGGAGGUGGAGGCGGAGGCGGAGGCGGAGGCGGAGGCGGAGGAGGAGGCGGAGGCGGAGGCGGAGGAGGUGGUGGAGGCGGAGGCGGAGGCGGAGGCGGAGGCGGAGGCGGAGGCGGAGGUGGAGGAGGAACUCUCCCCAACGGCUGUCCCGCAGACUUCAACAUUCACCAACUACUCCCUCACGAGUACGACUGUAACCGCUUCUACUACUGCGUCCACGGAGAGAAAGUAGAACGCCGAUGCUCCGGUGACCUGCACUUCAACCCUGUCCUCCAAGUCUGUGAUUGGCCAUGGAAUGCCGGCUGCGAAGCAGGCGAUGGCGGUGGUGGUGGUGGAGGUGGUGGCGGUGGAGGCGGAGGCGAAGGUGGUGGAGAAGGUAGUGGAGAAGGAGAAGGCAGUGGAGGUGGAGAAGGAGGCGGAGGCGGAGGCGGAGGUGGAGGCGGAGGCGGAGGCGGAGGCGGAGGUGGAGGCGGAGGCGGAGGCGGAGGCGGAGGUGGAGGCGGAGGCGGAGGCGGAGGCGGAGGCGGAGGAGGAGGCGGAGGCGGAGGCGGAGGAGGUGGUGGAGGCGGAGGCGGAGGCGGAGGCGGAGGCGGAGGCGGAGGCGGAGGUGGAGGAGGAACUCUCCCCAACGGCUGUCCCGCAGACUUCAACAUUCACCAACUACUCCCUCACGAGUACGACUGUAACCGCUUCUACUACUGCGUCCACGGAGAGAAAGUAGAACGCCGAUGCUCCGGUGACCUGCACUUCAAUCCCGUCCUCCAAGUCUGUGAUUGGCCAUGGAAUGCCGGUUGCGAAGCAGGCGAUGGCGGUGGUGGAGGUGGAGGUGGUGGCGGCGGAGGCGGAGGCGGUGGUGGUGGAGAAGGAGAAGGCGGAGACGGCGGAGGUGGAGGCGGUGGUGGAGGUGGAGAAGAUGGAGGUGGUGGUGGAGGAGGAACUCUCCCCAACGGCUGUCCCGCAGACUUCGACAUUCACCAACUGCUCCCUCACGAGUACGACUGUAACCGCUUCUACUACUGCGUCCACGGAGAGAAAGUAGAACGCCGAUGCUCCGGUGAUCUGCACUUCAACCCCGUCCUCCAAGUUUGUGAUUGGCCAUGGAACGCUGGCUGCGAAUCAGAUGGUGGAGGUGGAGGCGGAGGGGGCGAAGAUGGUGGUGGUGGUGGAGGCGGAGGUGAAGGCGGUGGAGGAGGUGGAGGGGGCGGAAGUGGAGAUGACGGUGGAGGCGGAGGCGAAGGUGGUGGUGGAGGACAAACUCUCCCCAACGGCUGUCCCGCAGAUUUCCACAUUCACCAACUGCUCCCUCACGAGUACGACUGUAACCGCUUCUACUACUGCGUCCACGGACAGAAAGUAGAACGUCGAUGCCCCGGCGACCUUCACUUCAACCCCGUCCUCCAAGUUUGUGAUUGGCCAUGGAAUGCAGGCUGCGAAACAGGCGACGGCGGAGGCGAAGGUGAAGGAGAAGGCGGAGGCGGAGGAGAAGGCGGAGGCGGCGGUGGAGGAGAAGGCGGAGGCGGCGGUGGAGGAGAAGGCGGAGGCGGGGGUGGUGGUGAAGGUGGAGGUGGCGGCGGAGGAGAAGGCGGAGGCGGCGGUGGAGGAGAAGGCGGAGGCGGCGGUGGAGGAGAAGGCGGAGGCGGCGGUGGAGGAGAAGGCGGAGGCGGCGGUGGAGGAGAAGGCGGAGGCGGCGGUGGAGGAGAAGGCGGAGGCGGUGGUGGAGGUGAAGGCGGAGGCGGAGGCGGAGGCGGAGGCGGAGGCGGAGGCGGAGGCGGAGGCGGAGGCGGAGGCGGAGGCGGAGGCGGUGGAGAAGGCGGAGGUGGCGGUGGAGGAGAAGGCGGAGGCGGCGGUGGAGGAGAAGGCGGAGGCGGUGGUGGAGGUGAAGGCGGAGGCGGUGGAGAAGGCGGUGGAGAAGGAGAAGGCGGAGGCGGAGGCGGAGGCGGAGGCGGAGGCGGAGGCGGAGGCGGAGGCGGAGGCGGAGGCGGAGGCGGAGGCGGAGGUGGAGGUGGAGGCGGAGGUGGAGGCGGAGGUGGAGGCGGGGGCGGGGGCGGGGGCGGAGGAGGAGGAGGAGGCGGUGGUAACAACCCGUCUGACAAAUGCAAAACAGAAUGUAACAUCCUCCCCUGGGCUCACGACACCGACUGCGAUAAAUUUUGGCGCUGUGAAGGCAAAGAAGCCGUCUUAGUCACUUGCUCGGAAGGCUUACACUUUAACCCCAAGAAAGGCAGCUGCGACUUCAUCUGCUACGCCGGCUGCGUGAGGAAAACCGUCCAGGUCACGACUCGACCUAACGGCAUCAGCAUUUUCGUGCCCUUGGACAACGCCAGUCAGAGCGAACAAAUGACCUUGAUUACGAAUUCAACUAAAUAAGUGAUUUAUAUAAGGAUAUUUAUAUUCGAUUUUUUUAUUUUUCCAAUGGCUAUUUCAUCUCAUCAACAAUUCUUUUAUAACAAAUAGCUCUCAAAUAUGACCCUCAUGUCGUAUAGGCCGCAAAAUUUUUCUUUUAUUACAGUAAUAAUUUUUAAUUAACUAAUAAUUUUAUUGGUCUUUAAAAACUCUUAUUUGUAAAUAUCAAGAAGCGAUACGAAAAUAGCCUUCGGAUAAAAAUAAAUAAAUAAAAACGCAUUUCA